GGGUCCCCCUGCUGGGCGACGCGCCCGCUGAGUCCUGGAGUUGGUGGAACUUUGCAGAUAAACUGCUCGGGAGAGCUAGGGAGGGAAGCUCCCCGCCUCCCCACAUUCCGGGCUCCCCUGCCCCCGCCUCUCGGUCCUCGCCCAGUCGCCGGCGCUGGUGAUAGGACGAGCCCCGGGCGUGCAUUGUGUGUAUGCAAAGCAUCGCCCCGCUGCUGGGGCAGCUGGAUCGGGGACUCCGCUGCUGCCGCGGCUGCAACUGGCGCUGCGGUAUAUGCUGCUGCCACGGGUGCCGCCGCCCCAGACUGAGCCCAACGCUGUCAUGCUCCUGCGGCAGGGCGGGGGGCAGCGUCGUCCCGUCGCUAUAUAAGCGCGAGCGGAGGGGGCACCCGGAGGGGCUGAAAAUGAAGGUGCCCGCGCAUGGGCCGCCGCUGAUUGCCAACCCCUCCCGAGCUCGCUCCCGGCGUGGAGCCCGAGGCCGCCGAGGACCCGCCUUCGCCGCAGUAGCAGCAGGAGCAGCGACGCGGACAGCAGCUGCGGCGGCGGUGGCGGUGGCGCCCCUCGCGCCAGCGCGUAGAACGGCGGCGACUCCGGGGCCGCCGCUGGCCCCGCUGCCAUGAGUUGUGCGGAGGUGAUGUAUCACCCCCAGCCGUAUGGAGCGCCCCAGUAUCUGCCCAACCCCGUGGCUGCUGCAACCUGCCCCACAGCCUGCUAUCAUCCGGCGCCCCAACCUGGCCAGCAGAAGAAGUUAGCGGUAUACAGCAAGAUGCAGGACUCUCUGGAAGUCACGCUUCCCAGCAAACAAGAGGAGGAGGAGGAGGAGGAGGAUGAGGAGGAGGAGGAGGAGAAAGACCAGCCUGCCGAGAUGGAGUACCUUAACUCUCGCUGUGUCCUUUUCACUUAUUUCCAGGGAGACAUUGGGUCAGUAGUGGAUGAACACUUCUCAAGAGCUUUGGGCCAAGCCAGCACCUUGCAUCCAGAAUCUGCCAUUUCAAAAAGCAAGAUGGGGCUAACCCCCCUAUGGCGAGACAGCUCAGCUCUCUCAAGCCAGCGGAGUAAUUUCCCAGCUUCCUUUUGGACCAGCUCUUACCAGCCCCCUCCAGCGCCCUGUUUGGGGGGUGUUCAUCCCGACUUCCAAGUUACUGCACCCCAUGGAACCUUUACAACAGCAGACCCCAAUUCUUGGCCAGGACAUGGUCUGCAUCAGACUGGCCCUGCCCCACCCCCUUCUGCGUCUGAGUCCUGGCAUUAUCCUCUGGCAUCUCAGGUGAGCCCAUCCUACAGCCACAUGCAUGACAUGUACAUGCGGCAUCACCACCCUCACGCCCACAUGCACCACCGCCACCAUCACCACCACCACCACCCAGCUGCUGGUUCUGCUCUGGAUCCCGCGUACGGGCCCCUGCUAAUGCCAUCAGUGCGUACUGCCAGGAUUCCUGCUCCCCAGUGUGACAUCACAAAGACAGAUCCGACUACAGUCACCACUGCUACCUCAGCAUGGGCCGGCGCCUUUCAUGGGACAGUGGACAUCGUGCCAAGCGUGGGCUUUGAUACAGGUCUUCAGCAUCAGGACAAGAGCAAAGAAUCAGCUUGGUACUGAAGCAUGGUAUUGGCAGGUCACAUUGCAGCCUGAAUCCAAGGGCCCACCAGGAAGAUGCCAUUGUGAUUUCCUAUCCAGCAAUGGGAGACAGGAAGCAUGGGUGGAGAAGAGGACAUGUAAGGUCAUUGUCUUUGGAUUGACCCUUUUUUUCUGGAGGAAACAGUGGGUCCUAGUCAUUGAAGAAAAGCAUUUUGUCUGUUUUCCCUCCUCUGAGCCUUUUUCAGCUGUGCAACGCCUCGUUUUCAUCGCCUUUUACCAAGACCUUGGUUAGUUUUCAUUUGUUUCUUCUUUUUUUCUUCUUGAACCAGCCGCCUUGUCAGGAGAAGACGAGCCAGCAACUGAAAAUGCUCAUUUCUUCAGGAAAACCAUUUUGCAGCUCUCGUCAUCUAUUUUUGUAGAAACACAGAAACUUUGGUUUAGCAUGAAGGGGAUAUUUUUGAGGGAUGUAAUUUUUUUUAAUAUUGUAACAAUUGUUGAGUUCUGUUUAAAGAACUUGCUCUCAGAAAAGCACUAGCCACAAUGCGUUGAAGCGCAGAUCUUCAAACUGUCGGUGAUGUGCCCUGUCUGUGCUUCUGAGGGUACCUCAAGGGGUUUGGACUUUUCUGUACCAGUGGCCCUACCCUAGGCAAAUCAGCAUUUACAUCCAAUCUCAGUGAAGACUUAAUUCCAUGGUAGCUCCCUUAGUUUGCUUGUGUGGCUUGAAAAGGCACUUUGUUUUAAGGGCUGCAAAUCAUAGGGUAUUUUAUUACUUUGACUUUUCCCAAAGAGUUCUUGGAGGUUGACUAAUGAGAAAGUUUAGGUUAAUGAACAAAGCAUCAUUCUUUUUAUGGUCCAUCCAAUCUUAACAAUUGGGAAUAGAGCUUAUGCACAGCUUCAAUACAGGAAAAACAAUGCAUUCAGCUAUGAUACCUGUAGAUACAUGUCAGUGACUAAUUUUCUUAAUUUCUAACCAAUUGUUAAUGGAAGUCUCGAAAGCCAUACUUUGAAUAAAUUUAUUCCUUGGUGUGAAUUCAAAUGAAUAGUAUCAGGAGAAGAAGCAGGAACAUGACAAAGAGCUGACUGUCCCUCACCAUUGUAAACUGACAAGUGAUGUAUUUUUUAUGUAGUGUUUUAAUUGGAGCAUUUUGCAAGAUUUUAAAUUUCUUUAAAGUGUCAUUAGUUUCUCAAAAAUGACAGAGAAUUAGUAGUGGCGAUGGAUUUAAGUUUAUACUUCAGUUGCAGAAACUGAAUUAAAAACUGAAAGCUUGAGAAGCAAAGCUCACAUGGGCCACAGAGGAAAGGAAAGUGAAGUUGGAAUUAACCUUAAGAGAAGAUUAGGCGAAGGUUGGGAUUACGAAUGCAGCGGUGACUGGCAAAUCAAAGACACAGUCUAUUGUUCCUUUCAGUUUCUCCCAGUCACGGGAAGUGUGAGUGUGAUGCAGAUGCUUUUAUUUGAUAACUUCUCUCAGAUUUUCUCAUCUCUUUUAGCCGCACACAACAGGAAGAUGUGAAAUGUGCUACUUUCUGUUUUUAAUUGUGUGUGUCGUGGGUGUGAAUGCUUUACACAUUAACAACACAACAAGCGGUUCAGCAGAAUUCUCUCAACUCUCUCUUAACAUUUUGCUUGGACAGAUCAUAUGCAUUAGUGUCUCCUCCUUCUGCACUUGUGUUAUAAGCCCAUGUCAUUGUGUGUGUCCACAGAAUCCAUCAUUUCUUCUUCUUGAUUGUCUUUAACACUGUCUUUGCUCUUUUCCCAUUAUAGUCUAGACUUAUUGUAACUUCCACUCACUUGUAUAUAAAGUUAAAUGUCCAGAGAGAGGCCUCAUUAAGUUCUCUGCAUUUUUAUGUGGACCUUGAUGACAAAACUUGUUUUAUUUGUUAUCUGCACCAAUAUGUGCGACACAGAGCUGAAUGGAUCUGUCAAGUUUGUUUUAGCUCGAGUCCUCCUGGGUUCUGAAAAACAAGCUCUCAGCAGCUGCCGUGAGGGAGACUCACUGACUGUUAUCUCAUCUUGCCUUGGAACAAACUGUCUUACUUUGCAACCUCUUAGAAUAGUGCCACUUGAACUCAAUGAGCUCGUUCCAUUGUAUUUUCCCAGCCAACGUGAGGCAAAGGGAGCUAACUCUUUGCCUCAUUCUUUCUUUAUCAUCUAAUUGGAUUGAAAGAGAAAACAGAUUAGUGAUUUCUUAUCUCCUCAUAUCUAUGGGCAAAACAUAAUUUGUCACAAGGCCUAAGGAACGUGAAAAAUCUGAAUUCUAUUGCAUGCAACAAAGACAUGGGUUCUCCUUUAGAGAACAGGCUUGGGUAUCAAUGGUACAGUGACACCAAAGGAAUACAUCAAAAUCUAGUAAAAAGAGAGGGAACAUGGCUAAUUGUCCAACAAAGUUUUAACAAUACUUUAACAACCAGAGAUAAUAAAGGGGCUUAAACACAGCACAAUAAAUAAUCCGAGUUUAUUUGCAUGUAAAGUGCUAUUAUACUCUGAACCUGAAUUUCUCAAAGUUUGACUGCAUGAUUGAAGGCUGGGUACCUCUCUGACUUCAUUAGAUCCACUCUACCUUGAACUGUUUUCCAACUUCAGUUUCUUCCAGUCUAUCUGAAAACGUGUAAACUUGACACUGGAGAACUUUAUUAUUCUAUAUGUAAUCUAUUAUUCCACCAAUGGACUAACUAAACUAAGAAACAGCAUAAUGUUGGUUUCCAGGGUCCACACAGGAUAUUUGAUCUUUCCUUGUAAAUUUGUAAAGAGCCUUUAAAGUUUAGAGUCUAAACAUUUCUACAAACCAAGAAAGUUAGCUAUUAUUUUAACUUUUCUCUUUUCCAUUUCUUUUUAAGAAAUACUAAUAUUGCCCAAAAAUAUAUACAAUAAGAAUUAGUGGAUUGCAAAAAUAUUGAAGAAUACAUUCAUCAAUUUUGUAGGAUUAAAAACUGUUCUAGAGGAUGCCUAUAUGAGCUCCUCAUUUAUUUUACAAAUUGUAUUUAUUCAUUUCUAAACUUGCAGAAUAUGGGAAAGGAAAUAGCUUUAAGCUUCCUGUGUGACUGAAGGCAGUAGCCAUAAUUUCAAGUGACAGAGAUUGUAUUUCCUAUAAAUUGCAUUCUGUUCCUUAGGAAAAGCAUCCUGUGUGAAAUAGUAUUUGCUGAGUUAGCCAAUGGGAGUGGCAGUAAGUGAUGGACAAUGCAAAGACACAUGUUAUCAUUUUGAUUGAGAAGAGAGUAGUGGAGCAGGAUGAGUUAGGGUAAACUUAGUUCUUCAGACUUAGUCAUGGCUUACUGUGUGAUUUGGAAUUUCAUUUACUUACCUCAUGAUAAAAAACUGAAUAAUACUACCUAAUAACGAAGGCUGUGAAAAUUUGAAAAUAUAUACAGAUGAACCCCACUUGUAGUGUAGACUUUCAAAUAACUGACAGCCUCCACAAAUGACCAUGAGUUCAACAAGUUCGUUAUUAAGUUGAACUCUUAGAUACCCCGUUUUCUUCACAUUGCAUAUUCAUUUUUUUAGCAACCAAAUAAGCCAGCAACUGCUUUUGUAUAAGUAGUGAUGGCAAAGAGAAUCUUUCUCUUCUUAAUUACGGGAGGAGAAAGUGUUCACUUUUUAAUUAAGUCUGAGUUUUUAAUAUGGUGUUGCUGAAGGAAAGUUAAUUAAACAUUUAGUGGUAUGUAGAGUGAGUCAUAUUCAUUCACAACUCUGUACAUUACUGUCCCCGAAAUUAGUAGGGCAGUGUCAUACAGCCACUUAACUUUGUGUUUGUUAGAUAUACAUUGUGUUUCUGUGGUGCGAGGACUAAGAAUGUUCCCUUUCAAUUACCCACCCUCCUCCCUUUGUUUUUACUUGUCUCCGAGGAAAAGUUGCAUAAUAUGGUGGAAAAAAUCAUUUGCAUGGAAAGGGAGGGGGAAGCACCCCCUUUCCGAUUGCAGUCAGCGGAUUUACUUUGUUAUAGAAAAAAACUGAAACAGCUUUAUUGGAAGCAGAUGUUGACACUGUGUCGGUUAUUGAAGAUGGAAAGAGUUCACUCAGUCGCUGCAGUUACAAAGGGGUAUGGAUGGCAGUCAGGGUUCCUGUGAUGGAUCACCUUCCUAGCUUGUGGGAGGACAGCAGACGUUGCACGGAACCAAAAAGGAAGUCAGCCUGUGUGCCACGUUAAGGUGCUUGGGACACCAGGGACUAAGCUUGGUUGCUUCCUUUUCUUUUUUAACCUUUCCCUACAGAAUGCAUAAUGGACAUCUUUCAGGUAAUAUUAAGGCUACACAGACAAGUUAAAACCAAAUCUCUCUUAAAUCUACAGUUUGAGGAAUCCUUUAGCUCCACCACUAUAAUGUGAAAACUUUGAAAUGCUUUCAGAAAGAAUCAAGCAACAUUUGUGUCACAAACUAGCAGAAUACACACACAGAUAAACUAUGAAAGGAAGAUGGUCUUGGUGUUUGGGAAUAAAUGGAGCCAGCAAGGGAACCUGAGUUUCAAUAGCUUCACAAUACUAAUCGACCUGGUCACAUGGUGGUCAUGGAACUAGGUUGAAUAUCAGACUUGUAGAAUAUUGCAUUUUUACUCUUAGUGCUUUCUGGGAAUUUUUAAACUAUAAAAUUAGUUGUAGUUAAAUGUCUUAACUUUAAAUUUUUUGUUAUGAGCUUUUAUUUGCUUGAAGCAUUUUGUGAUGUGAAAUGAUUAAUCAAGGAAAUAUUCUUGAAGUUUUGAGCAGUUUAUAUUGAUCCAAUGACAUUUUCUAAAUCUGCCUUUUAAACCACAGGGAAUUCUAAUAGAUUUAAAUGUAAUUUGCCAAUUCUGUUAUGUUGUGUAAGUCAAAAGGGACUCUUGCUCUUCUAGAAAGGGGCACGCCAUCACCAAAAAGUUUCUUUUUGAAUGGUUUCUGACUACUAAAUUUUAGCCUAAAAUUAGUUUCUUUUGAAUAUAAAAUUCUUAAAGAAGUUUCCUUCCUUUCUGCCUAAGAUGUGAACUUUUCUUUUUAUAUAAAUAGAAGUAGACCUUUUUGUUUUGUUUUGUUUUGUGCUGUGGCUAGAGCCAAAGUUAGUGGUUUUUACACUCUUGGUUUAAUGUGUAGGAGAUGUAUACUUGUGGACAUCCUAUCUGAUUUAUGAACACUAUUCCAUAUAAGUAUUUUUCAAGAUAUACAAUGUAGGGAAAACUUCAUGUGAGUUCUUUGUAUCAUUUUAAAAUGCAUAUAUUUAAAAGGAAACAUUGAUUCCUUUUGUUUUCAUUGUGUACACCUGCGUAAGGUGAAAUGGUUUUGUAAAGAGAAAGAUACACAAUAUGGCAAACUUUAUAUUUAUCACUCUAUAAGGUAAACUGAAAACUAAUAAUAGAACUCAUAUCUUCUAGCAUUGAUAUACAGUGAGAUUCCAGGUUUAUUAGUUUUGAAAGAAAUCAUGCCACCUUGAUCUCACAUUUCUAGAAAGGAAAGUCAAGCAAUCUCAGCUAUGAUGUCAUUGUUAACUAAUGAAUAAUGUAUAAUUCUUAAAUCGUUUGACUUUAUUAUUGUAAAAUCUUUGUCACUGAUAUAAAAUCAUGGAAUCCUUUGUAAGAAAAACAGAUGUCAUUUUCUUUAAUUUGCUCAAUAAAUAAUUUAAUGUGACUUUAA